AUGAUUCGAAGAAAUACUCGAUUGCGCCGAGAAUAUCUCUACAGAAAAUCGCUCGAAGCGAAAGAACGCACCAUUUUUGAACGCAAGCAAGCGAUCAAAAAGGCCAUUGAACAGGGCAAGCCUAUUCCCACUGAAUUGCGCAAUGUGGGAGAAGAUUUGAGAGCUGAUCUUCCCUUUGAUCAAGCACAAGAAGAUCUCACUACACACGAAGAUGACGAAUAUGCGAGGGCUGGUGUCUUUGAUCCCAAAAUUCUGAUUACCACUUCCCGAGAUCCUAGCAGUCGAUUACAGCAGUUUUCAAAGGAAAUGCGACUUGUUUUCCCUAAUUCUCAACGUAUUAAUCGUGGUAACCAUGUUAUGAAAGAGAUUGUGGAGGCUUGCAGAAGCAACGAAGUCACAGAUCUUAUCAUUUUGCAUGAACAUCGUGGUCAGCCUGAUGGUAUGGUCGUAUGUCACUUUCCUUAUGGUCCAACCGCCUAUUUCUCCCUUCACAACGUUGUUCUUCGACACGAUAUUAAAGACCAAGGCACGGUUUCCGAAGCAUUCCCACAUUUAAUAUUCCAUAACUUCAAUACAAAAUUAAGUCAUAGGAUAACUAACAUUCUGAAGUACUUAUUCCCUGUUCCCAAAGAAGACAGCAAACGUGUCAUGACGUUUUCCAACGAAAACGAUUAUAUUUCAUUCAGACAUCAUGUUUUUGUAAAGACGGGCAAAGAGGUAGAAUUAGCAGAAGUGGGACCGAGAUUCGAAAUGCGACCUUACGAAAUUCGAUUGGGCACGGUUGAUCUGACAGAUGCUGAUGUUGAGUGGCAACUGUCAUCAUUCACUAGAACUGCUGGAAAGAGAUUAGAGUUAUAA